AGCCUGGCCGAGGUGCCGACGUGCGAGGGGCUGCGCCUCCUCGUGCGGCUGUCGAAGGAGUCCAUCACGGGGCUGGUCGUGUUCUCCCAGGAGGAGCCCGCGGGCCCCAUCACCGUGUCGGUGGACCUCAAGAGCCACCGCGACAGGGAGGCGAAGGAGUUCGACUGGAAGAUCUACGAGGUCCCGGUGGAUUACUCGCUGAGGGAUCCCUGCGGGGAGUUGCCGGAGAAAGUGUACGUGGACCUGACGGCGGCCCUGGGGAAGCUGCGGAUCCCGUCGGGUAACAAGGAGUUCACGGUGAGGGCGGACGAGAUCCCCGGGUUCACGGUGUUGGGGCGCGAGGGGACCAUCUGGGGGAGGUCGGUGGUCGUCAGCGGGAACGGGGUCCGACGGUCCUGCGCCACGAUCGAGGUACUUGCGAGUUUCCGGGUGGCUCUUGGGGUUGGGGCGUCGACGGAGGACUGUCGGUUCCUGCAGUUCCUCUUCGACCCCGACGGGAAAGGGCUGCACUGCGCGGGGGACGACCCGAGCCACUGCGCGCAGGGGCACCUGUCGGGGCGGCUGGGCCCCGUCCACGUCGGGGCGGGGGAGGCGAGGGAGUCCCGCCAGCAGUUCUUCGAUCCGGUCUUGGUGCCUCCCGAGGACGACGGGCCGCGGCGGUUGUACCUGGUGCUCGAGGACGAGGGACAUCCGGGGACGUUCCAUGCUUGUGCCCACGUUCGUCGGGUGCCUGAGAAGGCGGCGCAGGCUGUGAUUUCUGCGCAGGGGGUGAAGGGCACCGUCACUUUGCUACAGGAGAAUCCGUUCGUCCUGACGAAAAUCACCAUGGACAUGAAAGGUCUGAGAGGGAUCGCCGGCGGCUAUCACAUCCACGAGUUCCCGGUGCCUGGCGUGGGCCCGGAUUACCUCACGUCCUCACCGUGUCGGGAAACCGGCGGCCACUACAACCCGUUCCGCGUGGACGUGUCCCAGUCCCCGCCCACCGGGCGCGGGUCGCACGACGCCUACGAGCUGGGGGACCUGAGCGGGAAGCACGGGAUCCUGGAGGGGCUGGACGACGUGAAGGGGACGGCGUUCGACACCAUGCUGCCGCUGUGGGGGCCGUUCAGUUCCGUCGGGAGGUCCAUCGUCGUUCACAGGCUCUCUGGGGAGCGGUGGGUGUGUGGGACGAUCUUCAGCCGGCGGGAGACCGUGAGGGCCGUGGCGGUCUUUAGGUUUCCGGUGGUCGGAAUCAUGGAAUUUCGUCAGGAGGUGGACGAUCCCUUGUCAGACACGUCGAUAUUCCUCAGCGAUCUUUUGUAUUCCGAUGGAUCCGAUGCGACGACGGAUGGUCAUCGUUGGUAUGUGAACGUGAAUCCGCCGGUUCAGAAGAACGCCCUGAAUUGGACCGAUCGGUGUUCAUCCGCUGGGGCCCUGUUCAACCCGUCCAAGGUGUUCGAUGUUCAAUGUGUCCAGUGUUCAAUCCAUCGGCACGGCUUUCUCCCGUCGGGUCGGGUGUCGUCGGGGGUGUCGUCAAUUUUCGUGAAGACGACGAAUUCGAGCUCUGAGGAUUGCUCGCUGGCCUUCCCGGAGAAGUGCGAGCUGGGGGACCUCACCACGAGGCAUGGGUCCCUCAAAGCGGUGGGCCUGAAGUCGGACAGAAUCCAGUCUCGCAGGUUCUUCACGGACUCCUUCCUCCCGCUGUCGGGGCCGAACAGCGUGAUCGGGAGGUCGAUCGUCAUUCACGACGACAAGGCGCCAGAGCAUCGGGGGGACAGGAUGGCGUGUACCACAAUAUUGAAGUCGUUCAGACACAAAGGUGUUGCAAAUGAAUGGUACACCAAUUCAAGAGGUGAAGAUAUCGAAGGGGAGCUGGAAAUCACUCAGGACUCGCCCAACGAUCCGACACGUGUGGAAGUGGAACUACGAGGACUGAAGGAAUUGGCAUCGGGGUAUCAUGUUCACAUGGUUUCAGUUCCGAUAAGCGUGGAGUUCCCCUGCCAGGGGUCUGAAGUUUACGACCACUUCAACCCGCUGGCCGUGCAGGUGAACGCCAGCCUCCCGUGGGCGGCGGGCACGGCCGACCAGUACGAGAUCGGGGACCUGAGCGGGAAGCACGGCGGGCUCGACGCCAUGAAGGAGGUGGAGGCGGAGUACAACGACACCAUGCUGCCGCUGUAUGGGCUCUACUCCGUCGUCGGCCGCAGCGUCGUGGUUCACAAGCAGGAGGACGGGGCCCGGUGGGGAUGCUCCAGCAUCCGGUGGGGGUAUGCCACCUCGGAGGCGAGGCAGUAUUCUUCCAUUGCGUCUUUCCACCAUCCUCAGGGGUUUCUCUAUGGCUACAUUCGAUUCAGGCAAGUUGUCUACACAGAUGGGAGCUCUACAGACACGUCAAUUGAAGUGAAUUUGCGAUAUCCAGGAAGUUAUGACAAAAAUCAAGAACCUAAUGAGCUUGGGUUUCGUACAACAGGCCAUGGAUGGGCCGUGCAUUCUAGCGGCGUGGGACAGGAUGCCGUGGUGAAGGCGUCCAAUGCUCGCUGCGUUGCUGCUGGAGAACAGUGGAAUCCAUAUUUUGUUCAUUCUUAUCAUCCAAAUAAGGAUGAGUUUUAUAAAGAAGAAUGUGGACCAGAAGUACCCUUGCGCUGUAAAGCAGGCGAUUUGACUGGAAAGCUUGGCACCAUCUCGAUUGGAGGAAAGAGGGCAGUUUUUGGGGAUGCAAACCUUCCAUUUGGUGGGGAAGUUUCUGCUCUUGGAAAAUCUGUGGUGAUAUUUGAUGCAAACUCAAGCGGACAGAGGUUAUCCUGUGCUGUCAUUGAACCAGAUGAUGACAUUGUCAAGUGGACUACUAUUGAAAAAUCACCUCGCUUUGUUGCUGCCCAAAUGAUGGAUGAGCUGCGUGAAGUUCUUGGUGCUCCCGAGUGGAUGGUAGAGCUGGAUGCACCAAAGACGAAAGAGCUUCACGAUGGGGCAUGCCUGCAAAUACUCAUCCACUUCAAAGGUCCAAAAGCCAGGGAGUUGGAGCUUGACUUCAGUCGACUGCUGGGAGGAGGAGUUUUAAGCGCCCCUACCAUCUCAUUGCCAGGAGUUGAUUAUUCUAAGCGACCAAAGAAAUUGUCGCAUCAGCAAUGCAACUAUGGAGAAUCUAUGUGUGCAGCAAAGUCCCUACACCCAAAGGUACGUUCAUACAAAUCACCCAACCCAAACCCUCUGGCAUAUCGUUUCACACUGGGUACCUCUGGUGAUACUGUUGCUGAGCUGCCUCUCUUCUGCUUUGAGGGUGUAUCAGGUGAUGACAGACCACAAAAAGAUCUCACUGGAGUUUUUGGGCUAGGCUACAAGAGGCUGGAUGCUGCUGCCCAUCUUAUGAUGAGGGUGCUCAUGGCUGUGAAAUCCAAUCAGGUAGAAGAAGCUGUCUCUUCCCUCUCCAAAGAUCAGGUUGACCUGCUGAUGAAGUACAUCUAUCGAGGGUUUGAAAUACCCUCAGAAGGAAGCAGUGGCCAUCUGCUGUUGUGGCACGAGAAGGCAUUUGAGAAGGGUGGCAUCGGAAGUAUAGUUCUUGUUUUGUGCAUGGCCACUAUAGCAUCUACCCAGAGUGCAAAGAAGCUUUUUGAGGAUAACAAGAUCCGAUUAUCAGAAAGAGUUCAAGCAAAUGUGUUACUCCUAGGAUCUUUGACUCGCCAGGUGCAAAGAGGCUCAAAAUCAUCCGAGAGCGUGGAAAAGCUGUAUGCAUUGGCAACUCAUCUGGGAUUUCAAUUUGAAGCUAUUGAAAAUAGUGCUGAGAAGUUGGAGAAUGGGAGAGAGAGAGAGCACAUGAGAACUGAUUCUUCAAUCUUCAAGAGUCUUGUGAAACCUGGAAAGAUAUGGCAUACUAUGAUCUCAAUGUUACAUCAUGACCUGAUCUUUGAUUCAACUCCAUCAUUUCUUCCAGUGGGAUAUGAUGUAGUUGCCAUCAACACAUACUUGGAUGCGUCAUAUGUAGCUCCAAAGAAGAAGAGAGAAAAAGAGGAAAUGAAAGAAGUUCCAUUGCCUCCAGAUUUGAAGGAGGUCAUACUUCCAUCAGAUUUGGAAAAGUUCAAACGGAGGCACAGAAAUCCAAGGAUCUAUCAAAGAAUUACAGUGGAACUUCCAGAUCCUGUUGCUUCUCACAAGCUGAUGCGAAGUCCCAAUUUAAAGAGAUAUGACAUCCUUGCAGUUCUGCCUCAGUCUCCAGCAGCCUUCCUGCAUGCUUGCAAUGUCAUGGACAUUGAUAUCAUCACUAUUGACCCUACUUCAAAGUAUCCAGUACGCUUGAAUCGGCGUCUCUACAACAUUGCUGUGAAGCGGGGUGUCUCCUUUGAACUUCUAUAUUCUCCCAUGUUGAGGGAUGUUGCUGCAAGGAAGAACAUGAUCAGCAUUGGUCAUGAUUACUUCACUUUGGGAAAUGCCAAACUCAGAACAGUAAUUGCUUAUCAACUAAAUAACUACUUCUCAUCUUUGAUGCCUCAGAAUAUCAUCAUAUCCAGUGGAGCAGAGAGAUCAAUGGAUAUGAGGACUCCCUUUGAUGCUGCCAAUAUAGGGUUGCUAUUUGGCCUGAAAGAAAGUCAAGCCAAAGAUGCCAUCACCAAGGCCUGCCGAGCUGUGAUAAUGCAUUCUGAAACCAGAAAAACAGUGAAGGGAGUGGCAAGUGUGAUUCCUCUCAGUGACUUCCCAGAGAGUGAGUUAUGGAAGCUUGAUGGUUUGCUGGAAAGUGAAGAACCUGACAAAGAUAGACCAAUCACUCAAAAAGUUGAAGAGAUGCAAGAUUCUGAAGAAGAAAUGGAACACGUGGAAGACAUUUCUCCCUCUGAGGAGGAAGCGCAGACUCACUCUACUCAGUGUCACAAUGGUGGUGCAAAAGAGGAAGAACCAAAAGCUAAGAAACCACGUGGUCAUCACUUGGAACUGGGAGCCAGUUGGAUACAUGGUGUUCUGGGAAAUCCUAUGUUUGAACUUGCAUUGUCAAACAAGUUGGUGGACAUAAAUUAUCAGCCAAAGCCACAUCAUCUGGUAGCAUUGACAGAACAGGGAACUCGUGUUCCAUUCCACAUUGUUCAGGAGGUGUAUGAUGCAUAUUCCAUCUUUUUCCGACGUUGCGAGGAGUAUUUCCUCUCCAAGUAUGAACCUCCAGAAGGGAUUUACAGUGUAGGGGACCAUGUGAAUCUGGAAGUUAGCAUUUAUCUGCAAGACUUCUCUCCAGAAGAACAACACAUGAGGAGGAUGCUCUUCAACCACUUAUUGAAUCGGGAGACGUGUAUCAGUGGUUGUAACUCUAUGGAUGACAUUGACCUGUACGAAAUUGGCAGCUACACUGAGUUGCCUGGUGGGAAUCUCCUCUUGAAGAAUGGCUACAGUUCCAUAUUACCUGUGCUUUUGAAGCCCAUCCCAGAACAUGUGAUCUUGAAGAAGCAUGUGGUGCAGCAUAUACGGUGGAGGUUGACCUGGAACGAGGAAGAAUGUUGCCUGGACAGUAGAGAAGGUGAACAUGUCAGUGACAGUGAGAGUGAGACUGAGUCAGAGGAGUCUGGUGCUACCAUUGUUGGAAGAACAUCCCAGGAACAAAGUCUUGAUACAGUCACCUUGGAAGAAAGUCUUUCCAGUGUGAAAGCAUCUCUAGCUUCAGAAUUGAUCAAAAAACCAGGGAGCACAAGUGAUCCUCAUUUAGGAGGAAGGGUAAAAUGCAAGCGCUCAGAUGGCAUUCCUGUUGUUGAAUUACAAUGUGAGAAUGGAGCCACAUUUUAUGCAGAGCAUGUUAUAUGCACCCUCCCUCUGGGAGUUCUCAAAGAGAGUUAUAACACCAUGUUUGAUCCACCGCUCCCCAAGUACAAAGUAGAUUCAAUCCAGAGGCUCUUGUUUGGAACAGUAAACAAGAUCUACUUGAUUUAUGAUCGAUCAUUCCUCCAUCCAAGUUUAUCUGAAAUUAUUAUCCUCUGGGAAGAUGAACAGAAGCAGGAACCUAUUGAACAGUGUUGGUUCAAAAAAAUAUAUUCCUUUACAAAAAUGUCCGAUGGUGUGCUCCUUGCUUGGUUAUCUGGAGAGGCUGCUGAAUAUGCAGAACACCUAGAUUCUGAUGUGAUUGCUGAUCAGUGCACAGAUAUCCUGCGUAAAUUUCUCAAGGACCCAUAUGUGCCAAAACCAAUCCAUUGCAUACGGACAUCUUGGAAGCAGCAACCAGGUUCCAGAGGAUCAUAUACUUCCAUACCUGUUGGCAGCAGGCAGAUAGACAUGGAGAGCUUAUCUCAGCCCAUCUAUGCUUCCCCUUUCCAUGAAAAGCCAGUGCUGCUAUUUGCUGGAGAGCACACUCAUCCAACAUUCUAUUCCACUGUUCAUGGUGCCUAUUUGUCUGGGAGAGAUGCAGGGUUGGCUGUAGGAGUAAAAAGCACCCCUACACCUUCCAGACCUUGGUCUCCCCAGUCCCACACAACUUUGGAAGUCUCAAAGGGUGAUACUGGGCCUCUGGCCCUGUUGGUCAACCAAUUGUCCAACAAUGAAGACAUGCACAGGCUGCACAUGACAAAGUUUGGACAGACCAAGAGCAAUCAUAUGAUCCAACUCCCUGCCAAUACUGAAGAGCUUCUUUGGAUUGGGUGUCAGAUCGUUGCCAUCUCCUCGACGAGCCUUCCCACUGCUCAAAGAAGACAGUUCACGAUGAGAGCUGACCUACCUGUGUCGAAUUCCAUGCAGUGCCACAGCAGGAUUGAAGACAGGAUCCACAAUCUCUUCCAGGCGAUGAGGAUCCAACUCAGAUGGGGU